UGAUCCCGUAGGAAGACCCAACCGCAGAGCAGUGACAGCCUGGUCACUGAAGGAUGAACGGGGAGGAAGAGUUCUUUGAUGCCGUCACAGGCUUUGAUUCUGAUAACUCUGCAGGGGAAUUUUCAGAGGCAAAUAAAACCAGUGGGAUGAUUGAUUUGGACACCAGCAAAAGUACUAGGAGUGGGAAAAGUGGUGAGAGACCACCCCAGGAGAAUGGGAUUCAACAGCACAGGACAGCCCUUCCUGCCCCCAUGUUCACCAGAAGCGAUUUCAGCGUGUGGAGUAUCCUGAAAAAGUGCAUUGGUUUGGAGCUGUCCAAGAUCACGAUGCCAAUUGCCUUCAAUGAGCCACUGAGCUUCCUGCAGCGGAUCACUGAGUACAUGGAGCAUGUGUACCUCAUUCACAAAGCCUCGAGCCAAACCCAGACCCUGGAGAGGAUGCAGUCUGUAGCUGCCUUUGCGGUCUCUGCUGUGGCUUCCCAGUGGGAGAGAACUGGCAAACCCUUCAACCCACUCCUGGGGGAGACAUAUGAGUUGAUCAGGGAAGACUUAGGGUUCAGAUUUAUAUCUGAACAGGUCAGUCACCACCCUCCCAUUAGUGCAUUUUAUUCAGAAGGUCUCAACCAAGACUUCAUGUUCCAUGGUUCCAUCUACCCAAAGCUGAAGUUUUGGGGCAAGAGUGUCGAGGCAGAGCCCCGGGGGACCAUCACGCUGGAGCUUCUCAAACACAAUGAAGCCUACACGUGGACCAACCCCACCUGCUGUGUGCACAAUGUCAUCCUUGGGCAGCUAUGGAUUGAACAGUACGGGAUAGUAGAGAUCCUAAAUCACAGAACUGGAGAUAAGUGUAUACUUCACUUCAAGCCAUGUGGAUUGUUUGGAAAGGAACUUCACAGAGUAGAAGGGUACAUUCAGGACAAAAACAGGAAGAAGCUGUUUAUAAUUUAUGGCAAGUGGACAGAAUGCUUGUGGGGCAUCGACCCUGUCUCAUACGAGUCCUUUAAGAAACAUGAAAGGAGAGGUGACCACCCCAGGAAAGCCAAGAUGGAUGAUGGCCCUGAGAAAGCUAACAGUGAUGUGCCUGGCGAUGUGACAGACGAUGUUCCUGUGGCUCAGGAGACUGUGCAAGUCAUCCCUGGCAGUAAGCUGCUCUGGAGGAUCAACAGCCGGCCCCCCAACUCAGCUCAGAUGUAUAACUUCACCAGCUUCACUGUGAGCCUCAAUGAAUUGCAGUCAGGCAUGGAGAAGACACUGCCACCCACAGACUGCCGCCUCCGCCCUGACAUCCGUGGCAUGGAGAAUGGCAACAUGGAUCUGGCCAGCCAGGAGAAGGAGAGACUGGAGGAAAAGCAGAGAGAGGCCCGCAAGGAGCGUGCCAAAGAGGAGGCAGAGUGGCGGACCAGGUGGUUCUAUCCAGGCGCCAACCCCUACACGGGAACUCCCGACUGGUUGUAUGCAGGGGAUUACUUUGAGCGUAAUUUCUCAGACUGCCCAGACAUCUACUAAGUCAGGCCUGGAAGCCCAGGAAGAGGCCUGUGAGGCUGGGCUCUGUGAGUGGCGCUCUGACCUUCACGGGGCCAGACACCAGCUUCCCCGGCCACGAUUUGUGGAAAUGGCCUCGGACCUGAUGGAGGACUUCAGUUAGCCUCUGCCCAGCACUUCACUAUGUCACAGCCCCUUCACGGAGCUCCACUUGGGUCUUCACAUUCCCUGAGGCCUCAGGAGAACUCUCCAGUCCUUCACACAAGUGACAGUAGUGCACCAGGCCAGCUGAGCUGGCAGCACUCUGUCAUAAGACACGCGACAGAGGAAGAGCCGGCAAGGCCUGCGUGCUGCUCUCAAGCCUGCCGUGUGGGUUUCUGGAAGAGUUUCAAACCCAGACCCGAAGGUGGAGGGGAGCUUGGGUUUUGAAAGCAGCAGUGGCCAGGGGUCACUUCACUGUGGGUGGGUGGGUGGCACCCACAGAACCAAGUGGCCGGUUGUCAGACUCUGCUUUCUACCAAUCUGAAUAAGGCAAAGAUUACUUUAGAAAAUAUUUAAAUCGAAACUACUUGAAUGUUCUGCUGAAGAGUAGCAAACACAUUAAUCACCACUGUGUAGUGUCCAGAAAGUGUCCCUGUAACAGGCACAGUGGCAGGGACACUGUGACUUGGAUGAGAAACCCCCAGGGCUGCUCCGGCCUCCCAGGAGGCCCUGCCUCUGGUACAGCCACUCCCCACAGCCUCGCUGUCCCUGUGGACCCCUGUCUCCGAGGGGUCACUUCUUCACUCACCUCGCCUGUGUGUUCCCUACCCCUGUCCUGCAGUCUUGUAUUUGGUUUCCCAGCAUGCGUGUUCUAGUCCAGGCAAGUCCCAUCCGGUUGUGUGCAGUGGGAGGUCAGAAGCAGGAUGUGCUUAUCUGGUGUCAUUAAAAUUGUUUAAACACAA